AUGCACUCUCGACGGGGUCAAUUUGAAGAAGCCAAUCUGCAACACUCAGGGUUGGCGCCAUCCGAAUGGCAUAUUCUCGAUGAUGGCACUGGCAGGAUCAAAGCUUUCAUCGGGAAGAACAAAGAUCCAACCUAUGUUUACGAUAAAUUUGAAUACGUUCGUGUUGUCGGCACCCUGGAAUUUGGUGUUAGAGGAGAAAAAAGGUCGCUAUCUGUGUUUAACAUGGCGCCCGUCCACGAUCCAUAUGAAGUCUACUAUCAUAUCAAUCAUGCUAUGGUUGAUACUAUGAUAUGUGAAAGAGGCUCUCCUCCAUAUAAUCUGAUUCCAGAUACCCAUGGUCAAGAUAUCGAAUCCUUGAGUCAGGCAUUCCAGAACACAUCCUUCUCAGACGUAACCGAACCGCAUAUGGCUCAACAAUCAGUUCAAGAACCCAACCGCCAAUACGAUCGCGUCCCAUUCAGGUCGCUCCUUGAGCGCGAUAUCAUCGCGUUAAUCGAUCGAGCUAAUCUUGUUUAUCUCGAGGACCUCGUCAUGUUUAUUCGCCAAAGUUGCCCUACUGUGGACUCUGCCGCUUUAAAGGAGGCUAUUCAGUACCUAUUGAGUGAGAAUCUCAUCGAGGCUGGCGAAGACAGUGGUCGUGACUACUUUCAACUCGGGGAGCGUAUUACUGGAAGGAAUUGA